AAGAACGAUCAUAAAGAGGCUGGUGCAUAAGUGCUCCCAGUGUCCUUCACGAAAAAAGAAAAUAGAAGUGUCAUUGAAUCUAAAGCAUGUCGUUUGAAAGUAUACCUAAAGAACUGAGGGGACUCCGAGCAUGUCUUGUCUGUUCAAUGAUUAAGACCAUUGAUCAGUUUGAAAGAGAUGGCUGUGAUAACUGUGAACGCUUUCUACACAUGAAAAAUGACAGGGAGUUUGUCAUGACCUGUACAAGUUCAAAUUUUGAUGGUGUUAUAUCAAUGAUAAAUCCAGAAGACAGCUGGGUAGCCAGAUGGAAGAGGAUAGACAAACUCAAACCUGGUUGCUAUGCAGUGUCUGUUAGUGGUCAGCUGCCAAAUCAUGUCAUUAGAGAUCUCAAAAUGAAUGGAAUUCAGUACAAGUCCAGAGAUGUUUCAUCAAGGUCAUGAUAGGUGUCAUUACAAAGUUUAUUUGCAGUUACCAUUUGCCCCUAUGGCUCAUACCCUUGUCUGUGGGAAGUCAACCAUGGGCUUUAGAAAAGAUUAAUUUUAACUAACAGCAAGAUUGUCUUGCAUUGUGCUUUUUACAGCUCAUGCGAAAAAACUGUUAUUUACUUCGACAUCAGUAAUGGGUAAAGCCAUGAACAGCAUUAAUUUAGUGGAUAAAGGACUCACUUUCAUUUAUGUCACAUAAAUUCUUUAACUUUAAAUUCUUUAACAUUUAUGUCAUAUAACUUUAAAUUCAAAUGUAUUGAUUACUUUUUAAACUAUAUUUGAAUGCUAUGAUGAUCAAACAA